CAAAAACCUCUCAAACCCCUCUCUGCUGAGCUUUCAAAAUCGUACCAAAAUGCCUCGAGCAUCAAAGAGAAAAUCUGACACACCCAAAUCUACUUCUGCCAAAUCUGCUCGCUCGGAAUCUAUCACCACUGCUUCAGGCAAGACUACGAAGUUUGGGUUGUCUGUCGAUAAUCUUUUUCAGAAGUAUGCCAAUAAGCUGCUAGGCAUGAUCGAUCCAGAGGGGAUUGAGGCACUAUGCUCAGAUCUUGGAGUAGACCAUACAAAUGUCAAAAUUUUGAUGCUCGCUUGGAAAUUGAAAGCUGAAAAGCAGGGAUAUUUUACUCAGGAUGAAUGGAGAAAAGGUUUAAAAGAUCUCCAGGUUGAUACGAUUAACAAAUUGAAAAAAUCCCUGCCAAAAUUGGAAGCAGAGGUUAUGAUGCCUGAAAAUUUUGAGGAUUUUUAUUCCUACGCUUUUCGUUACUGCCUUACUGAGGAUAAGCAGAAGUGUGUGGACAUCGAGAGCAUUUGUCUACUGAUUGAUCUUGUUCUGGGCCCCCAAUUCCGGGCUCAGGUUGACUCAUUUAGUGAGUUUCUCAAGAAUCAGACUGAUUAUAAGGUGAUCAACAUGGAUCAAUGGAUGAAUUUUCUUCGAUUUUGCCAAGAGGUUAGCUUUCCAGACCUUGAAAACUAUGAUCUCGACCAAGCAUGGCCUGUGAUUUUGGAUAAUUUUGUUGAGUGGAUGAGAGAAAAGCAGAACUGAUCUCCGCGUGUUGAGUUCUUGUAAAUGCUAACGAAAAGAAUUUGAAGUGCAUGCACGAUUCAUGACAGCUGCACCAUUCAGUGUGAAGCUGGUCUUCUUUCUGCUACAGAACUACAAGCCUGAGG